UUGAUUGCUUCUGUCUGUCAGAGGAGCAGACGCUCGUGGAUUUAGCUGUUAGCCUGAAGCUAACUGUUCUCACUCUGUCUCUCUCUGUCUCACCCUCUCUGUCUCUGUCUCACCCUCUCCGGUGAAAAUGUCCAUUGAUUCGGUGAAACUUUCUAAGAACCUCCUGCGCAUGAAGUUCAUGCAGAGAGGUCUGGACGAUGAGACCAAGAAGCAGCUGGAGGAGGACGAGCGGAGGAUCAUCAGCGACGAGCACUGGUACCUGGACCUGCCGGAGCUCAAAGCCAAGGAGAAUCUGAUCAUCGAGGAGAAGAGUUUUGUUCCGUGUGAAGAUCUGAAGUUCGGCCGCAUGUCCUUCAGAGGGUUCAACCCCGACGUGGAGAAGCUGAUGACGUUGAUGAACCCAAGUGAGGAAGGCCCAGCUGAGGAAGAGGAGGAGACGAGCAGGAUGCCAACAGACGUCACAGAUGAAGAAAUGGCUCUGAGGUACGAGAGUUUGGUCGGGAGCAUGAAGAGGAAGUUCGUGAAGAAGCGUGAGCGAGCGGCGGCGGACGAGGACGUCAAUCAAAACGUCGUAGAAACGAACACAAAGAGAAUGUUUCUGAAACCUCAGGACUGAACUUACAGAACGUGAUUUCAUGUAAAUGUCUUUUGACAUAGUCGUGUUUUACAGCCGAGUGGAUGUUAUACAUCCUGUCCAUUUUUUUGUGUGGAUUAUCUUUGAGAAGCUGUGAGAGUUUAAAUGCUUUCACUCAUUAAACUCUCGUUUUUAAAACUUCA